AUGCCAGAAAAGUUUAUCAAAUGGGUGAUUUCUUCUGGUGGUGGUUACGGCGGUGAUAGUGUUAGUGGUUGUGGUGGUGGUGGUGAUGAAAGUGGUAACGGCGGCGGUGGUAAUGAUGGUGAUUGCGAUAGUGGUGGUGGUUGUGGUUACGGCGGUGAUACUGUUAGUGGUUGUGGUGGUACUGGUGAUGAAAGUGGUAACUGCGGCGGUAGUAAUGAUGGUGAUUGCGAUAGUGGUGGUGGUGGUAGUGGUAACGGCGGCGGUGGUAAUGAUGGUAAUUGCGAUAGUGGUGGUGAUUGUUGUAGUGGUGGUGGUGGUGGUUAA